AUACAAGUUACAUCAAACCGAAAACUUACUUUGGUCUGGGAACAACAGGUCACGUCGAAUCGAAACACUAUUCGCCCAAAAAUAACGAAGUCAUUGAAUUCUUAAACAGCAACUUCCAAUUUCCUCGGAAAACUGCCAAUGCCGAAGAACUUGCAAUACGCUGUCCCGCAUGUCGACCCAGGAAAGGCACAUACUACACAGCAAGAAUAAGGACUGACAAAGGAACAUUUAAAUGCACUGAAUGUGAAACGGUUGGGCUGUGGUAUGAAUAUACGCGUCGAUUUAAUGAUUCAGAACUGUCUAAAUUGUUUAGUACUAUUGAAAGUUUAGGCUUUCGAAGUAAUUUUUCCAAACCAAAGGAAGAAAUCGAGCGAUAUUCCACGCUAAUGAAAGAUUAUCCCGAGAUUAUAAAGUGGUUCGAGAAAUCAAAGGGUUUGACACAGGAAACAUUGGAGGCCUUUAAGGUGGGCGUUGCAAAGUAUCAUAAUAUCGAUCCUUCAAACUCAUUACGUGAAGAAUUCUGUAUUACAUUUCCGCGAUCUGCGCCAUACUACAACCGUGCUGAUCAAAUCGAACCGGAUAAUCAAAUUGUGAGGAUAAAGGCCUGGUCAACAGAAAGUGAAGAAACAAUUGCCUUUGAUCCACCAGGUACAGUCACAGGACUAUUCGGAUAUCAUUUGGUGCCACAUCAUGGAGAAGAAGUCAUUCUGGCCGGAAGUGAAUUUGAUGCAAUGGCUGCCUAUCAAGAGACAAAGAUUCCGUCUACGUGUCUUCCGCAUAACUCUUAUCAACUUUCUAUUGAGGUUCUUCCGCUACUUGAAAGAUUCUCCAAAAUAUAUCUAUGGUUUGAUGAUGAUGUGGCUGGUCAAGAUGCGGCAGAGAAAUUUGCAGAGAAAUUGGGCAUAGAACGAUGCUUGAUUGUGAAAACAUUGAAUGGACAAUUGGAUGGACCUGUUAACGCGCAACAGGCUUUGGAAGCUGGAAAAGAUCUCAAAGAGAUUAUUAAAAGCGCAAAGCCACUACAGCAUGAGCAAAUCAUUGGAUUUGAGUGUUUAAGAGAUUCGGUAUACCGUGAGCUUGUAAAUCCAGAUCAAGUUCAAGGGAUCCAAUCAAUUGAUUUACCAGGAUUGAAUCAAGUUCUGAAGGGUCAUCGUCGCGGUGAACUGACUAUAUUUACUGGAACAACCGGGGUUGGGAAAACUACCGUUCUUAGUCAGCUCUCUCUAGACUAUUGUAGAUCAGGUGUAAACACGUUGUGGGGAAGUUUUGAAAUUCCUAAUGUAAGACUGGCCAAAAAGAUGUUGCAGCAAUUUGCAGGAAAGGCGUUAACCCUGGAGAAGAUUAAAGAAUUUCCGUUAUGGGCUGAAAAAUUUCAACAACUGCCAAUGUAUUUUUUAAAAUUCUUUGGCAGCACGGAACUGACAAAGGUCACUGACGCUAUGGAGCAUGCAAUAUAUGCGUUUGACGUCCAACAUAUUAUUAUAGACAAUUUACAAUUUAUGUUGGCAGAGCAAGCCAGGUAUCAUAAUGAUCGUUGGGAACUUCAAGAUCGCACCGUUGGAACUUUUCGAAGGAUUGCUACAGAACGAAACGUACAUAUAACAUUAGUUGUUCAUCCCAAAAAGGAUGAAAGGGAAUUCUUGGACCUUAACUCUAUUUUUGGGUCGGCAAAAGUCACGCAAGAGGCUGAUAACGUCAUUAUUCUACAGCGAAGGAUCACAGAAAAUGGCGAAAUCAGAUACCUGGAUAUCAAGAAGAAUAGAUUUGAUGGUACCUUGGCAGCAAUUCCCUUUGAGUUUGACCAUGAAAGUUUAAAGAUCCGUCAACUCACAAAAGUAGAUCAUGACAGCCGCUUAAAGACAAGAAGAAAAGCUCAUUAA